UUGCACAUAGUUAACUAUGGUUUGCGUCAGAUUGGCACUUACUGAUAUAUGUCCUUAUUUAUUGCCUUUGGCUUCUUUUUCUUUUUGCUUCUUAGUUAGAAAAUGAAUGUCGCAAUAAUACAGAAGUUCCAAUCUGUCAAGCAACCAAAUUCAAGAUGGUCUUGGCUGGUGUGUUUCGCUUCCUUUUGUGUACACUUUCUCGUCGGAGGAGUUUCGAAUUCGUUUGGAACAGUGUUUUUGGCUCUCCUUAAAGAAUUUAAACGAAGCGAAGUAGAAACAGCUUGGGUCGGCUCCUUUGUCAUUGGUACGACAUACUUCUGUGGCCCUGUGUCUGCUGCUCUGUGUGAGCGGUUUGGCUGCCGUAUUAUAGCAUGUGUAGGCAGCCUUCUAUUCAUGACGGCAUCACUCAUAACAUCAUAUAUGUCAAGCAUUAUACCCAUGUACUUCACGUUUGGGUUUAUGGGUGGAUUUGGCUUCAGUUUGAUGUAUUUCUCCUCUCUAUUUGUACUCAUGCAAUACUUCACUGAUAAACUAUCACAUGCAAAUGGAUUUGUCUUGGCUGGUUCAGGGUGUGGCUCCAUGGCCUUUAGCCUUCUUUUAGGCAAAAUGUGUUCACUAUAUGGUGUACAUGCUGGAUUCAAGACUAUGGCUGUUGCAGCUGUCAUUGGAGUUCUGGCAAGCUCUGUGUACCACCCUACAGUGAGUGGUGAUGAAGAGAUGAUGAUAGAUGAGAAUGUUGAUAGGAAUUAUGAGCGCAUACCCUUAAGACGGAAAUGUUAUUAUGCUGUCAAGCCUGGGCUUCAUUGGCAAAACAAGGCAUUUGUAUUGUGGACUUUUAGUCUUGGUCUGGUGUUUUUUGCUGUCUUUAUUCCAUACAUAUAUUUGGUCCAGAUUGCCAAGCUCAGAGGGAUCCCCCCGUCUCAGGGUAGUCUCAUGGUUGGCCUUAUGUGUAUCAGUGGGACUGUUGGCAAGAUCGCGUUUGGGAGGCUUGCUGAUGUGCGCUGGGUGAACCGGCUUUAUUUGCUCCAAGCCUCUCUAGUUGUCAUCGCUAUUGGGGCCUGCAUCUUCCCGUUCUUGCGCUCCUUCCCAGGCCUGCUCACCUAUGCUUUGCUCCAUGGGUUCAUAGAUAGCGGAUCUGGAGUCUUGCUUGCACUCGUGACCAGAGAUAUCGCCGGAAAAGAAAUGAUGGCUGCCGCCAUUGGUAGUAUGUAUUGUGUGGUUGCGAUACCAAUGACUGCUGGGCCCCCUGUUGCAGGGCUGAUGUAUGAAAGCCUCGGCUCGUAUAACGCCGUCUAUUAUCUGGCCGCUUCUUUGUCCUUGACUGGUGCCGCCGUCAUGACCUUCAUCCCGCGACUUUCACGUGCCCAUCGCGCGAGUCUUGAGAAGUUACUCCUCAACUAUGAUGAUUCUUCCGAGACGGCAUCGAUUGUUGACGAACAGAAGCUCGCUGAGCUGCUCGGGUUCAACUCGCCGGGAGAGAUGAUGCUCGCAAAAAUUCGGGCAAGGCUCGACUCGAAUACAGAGUCGGUGAUCUCGCGUCGAUCUUCCAGCUUCGUGGGAAUGUUCGGAAUCAUCGGUGACGAUAAUUAUCGUGAUGUGUCUUCGUACAACAGUCGACUUGACCUGGAUGCCCUUAGUGCGGUUGAUUUGUCUGUUUUCGGAACCCAUCCACCGUCUCGUCAGGGAUCUUUUCUGUCUCUGCAUAGUUCGAUUCUUAGGCGGCCUGGAUCUCUAAGGCGGCCAGGAUCGAUGAUAUCUCGGCAAAGCUCUUUUCAGGAAACUCCCUCGCCUGAGCAUGCACCGCUUAAUGCCCUUGAACCAAUAGAAGAGGUUCAAGCCGAUGUGAGUGUCAAGCCAGCGGAUACCCCGAUGCUGACGCCCAGUCUUCCAACGGUCACUGAAGAAGAAUCGCCAGCAGAGUCAGCAGAUACCCCGAUGUUGACGCCCAGUCUUCUAACGGUCACUGAAGAAGAAUCGCCAGCAGAGUCAGCAGAUACCCCGAUGCUGACGCCCAGUCUUCCAACGGUCACUGAAGAAGAAUCGCCAGCAGAGUCAGAUACACCGAUGCUGAUGCCCAGUCUUCCAACGGUCACUGAAGAAGGAUCGUAAUGACUAGUAUUCAUCGCAGGCUCAGCUACGUAAGUAGAUAACAAAGCGUAUGUCGCAGGAAUCAGGUCCAGGUCAUUGUAAAACAAAGGUCAAAGUAAUAGCCCAAUUCGUUGUUGUGUGACCACGUCAAAAACUGUCUAAACCAAUCGAUGGCUUUCGUGGUUUCACUGUUAGUCCAGUCAAUCAAGUUUUUUGACCAAAACGUUAUUGCAACACAAGAAAUAUUGCUCUUAAAUGACAGAGUAGUAUGUUCUUAUUAACUUCCAAAAAGUUCUCCAAAGUUCUCGUGGGGGGAAAUUUCGAUCAAAGUUUUCGCCAUUUUCCCACAGGGUGCCCAAUUAUCAUUUAAUAGAUAUUAACUGAGAUUGUAAAGUCGUUAUAUCGAUUGAAUAUUUUAUUCUGAAUUUUGGUACAAAGGUCAAUUUAUUUUUCAAAAAACAAACUUACAUCAUUUCCCCCCUUCGCUUCACAACAGGGUAUCCAACAACAAUAAGAAUACGGCACUUAACCACGACUCAACCAUAGCAUGCAAAAAUGCAAAAUCUAUGAUACAUAGAUAUUGCAUAGAUAUUGAGUGAUACAUUAACUGCUCACAAAAGCCAUACAAAGUUUGCUGUUUAAUCCGUCUAGCAUUAUCGAUUUAAUUUUUUCGUUUCGCGAGCCCCCAACCAAAAUAAAAAUAAAAAAACACUAUUAUGUGUUUAAAAGAGAGGAAAACGAAUAAAUCAAUGCACAUUUCCUUUUUCUUACUUUGCAUGGCAGUGCGGCCAAGGCUCUAUCAAAUUCAAGACAGAAAACUGUUUUUUUAUUAUCGCUUUUUACGCGACCCGGGUACCCUGUAGUAAAAUUUAUGAAAAAAGAAGGCUAAAUUUAACCAUGUUCCUCCAAGAAAACUUUUGGGAUGCCUUUUCUUAUCAUUUAAUAGGAAAAUUGUUUGUGUUGCUAUUACGUUUUGGUAAGGCUAUAAAUUUGCGUAGAUUGACUGGACUAUGUCGCAUCAUAAACCAUUUGACUGCACACAGCAAGGGGGUUGACUGGUCACGGUGGUAUAAUUGACUACGCGUUAUCCCCAGACGAGAAAUAGAUUGGCGUUAUCGGCGGUUACGCAACAACGCGUUCGGCUAUAAACAUGACAUUAUCUAGGAAGUGUUUUGAUUAAUUGAAAAACUACCCAAUGCAAUGCAUUGAGGGUAGGUCGCAUUGACCACCAAGUUUUCUCAAUUAAGCUAAACUAGAGCUACGUGUUAUUAUUAUCAUCUUUUCUGCAUAACCAUCUUCUGGGAAGCCAGGGUGUCGCGGAGAUCGGGCACACGCUCCGCGCCGCGCUCCCUGUGUGCCCGAUCUCCGCGACGCCCUGGAUCCCCGAUGAUGCUGUAUAACUACCUCUCUGUUUUUGUAUUGACCACGGGAAGCUUUUGACCAAUCUGUAAGGAAUCUCGUAUUCAUUAGCAGAGCAGUAGCAGGCCUCGAAAUAUUAAGGGAGGGGAGGUGGGGGACGGGGCAAGAUGCGGAAUAUAAAGAAAAUGUUUUGGACACAACCACGAAGAAUCUUUUAAAAUAUUAGGGGCAAGUGGCCCAGCGCCCCACCCCUGCUACGGCUCUGUUUGGCAAGCUCUCUUUAAAUACAUAAAAAAUUAAUGGGUAAAAGGAUAGUAAAGUAAUAGUAUAUUUGAUAGAUAGUAAAGUAAAUAAACAAUUUGAAUUAAAAAUGUUUUAGAUACGUUUUUAAAAAAAACUUAUAACUUAUUUUGAUAAACUAGGAGUCCAUCAUUACAUAGUAGUGGCUUCCUCUACUAACCAUGAUCGUUAGGAGUGUACAACUGGAUCAUUGUCUUGGGUGAGCCUUUUCAAAAAAUAAGAAUUGAACAGUCGUACUUGGACCGUGCAUGAAAUUACUAAUGUGUUUGCUGCCCGAUUCCGCCUGAAAUUGCUAUUCCAGCUGUUUUCAUCUCACUAAGAAUUUUAUGCGAAUUGGUUGAAGGGUUGCUUGAGAGGCACUUGGUAAAAAAAAACGCGCCAGCCUUUGGUCACCUAGAAAUUCUCCUUUAGCUGCUUUUCUUGAUUUCUAAAAGCAACUGCAGCUUAAACCAAACGAUUGUUUCGAAUUAUGUUGGUUGAGACAGGUAAUUUAUUCAAAAGACGCAUGCUUGAUUAUGAAUGGCUCACCGGCUCAAUAGCCAUUCUGUGAAAAGGCCCACUCAUUGUACCUAAAUCACAGUGAAAUAAAUAAUACCCUUAUUAACCAUGUAAGGGUGUUUACUUAAAAGCUAAAUUUUAUAUUAUUUGUGGACUUAUGCUUCUCUAUGGACAUAUGUCAUAUGUUAUAUGAGUUAUGUUCUUCGAAGUUAUAUAAUUUAUCAUUUGUUUUGUGUGGCAAAAUAGUUUGAUGGUGAUGGUGAUAAUUAUUUAUUCAACCUAAAUAACAGUUGAAUAAAUGGUAGUUUUAUUUACCAUAUAAGGUUAAGUUCAAACGUCGUAUUAUCCAUGAGCCGUAUUCAAUGCAAAUGGUGCAAAUGAAGAUGAAACUAAUCGACUUGAUUCAUUUGCAUGCAUUUGCAUUGAAUAAAGCAAAUAAAUAAUACAACGUAUGAACUAAGUCUAAGGGUGUUUAUUUAAGAUAAGUUAAUUAAUAAUUAUUUGUGGACAUAUGCUUUAUUAAGGCUAAGUUCAAACGUAGUAUUAUCCAUGAGCCGUAUUCAAUGCAAAUGUAUGCAGAUGAAGAUGAAGCAAUCGACUCGAUACACUUGCAUUGAAUACGGCUCAUGGAUAAAAUGACGUUUGAACUUAUCCUAAGGACUAUUAUAUAAUAAUGUCCUUAAAAAUUAUUUUAUGUCCUUAAAAGUUAUAUAAUAUAUCAUUAUACACCUGUUUCUAAUAAGGUUGCACUCGGAGAAUUUACGUCUUAUAACCCGAAAGGCUUCAUAAAAAAUAAUAAUAAGCUUAAAAAAAACUCUGGUUUAGAAAGCUUUAGCAUUCUUGUUUAUGGACCUAUUCACACGGCGUUCAAAGACCAGGAUUCAGCCAUUUAUACUUUACCCAUGAGCCAGUGCGGGUGAUGAUACAUUGAUUCGCGGGUGCAACUCUAUUUUAAAUAGAUGUAUAAUUUGUGUGGCAAUAAAAGUCGUUGUUGGUGA